CUUCUCUGGGCUGCGUGAACGUCGAUUGGCUGAGGAGGUCUUACGGCAGUCCGAAGAGCACUACAUUAACUUAAAAUUUUCGCUUUUCGUUCUCAGACGGCGGAGCGGGGACAGCGAACAGUUUUCUCUUUCGUAAAACAUAGCAGCAGAAGCCGGAAAAAUGUCAAAGGGAACAGCAGUCGGCAUUGAUCUGGGAACAACCUACUCUUGUGUAGGUGUAUUUCAGCAUGGCAAGGUGGAAAUCAUUGCCAAUGACCAGGGCAACAGGACCACGCCUAGCUAUGUUGCAUUCACCGACACUGAAAGGUUGAUUGGUGAUGCUGCGAAGAAUCAGGUUGCAAUGAACCCAACCAACACAGUUUUUGAUGCCAAGCGUUUGAUUGGCAGACGGUUUGAUGAUCCCAUUGUACAGGCUGACAUGAAGCACUGGCCCUUUAAUGUCAUCAGUGACAGUGGUCGCCCAAAAGUGGAAGUGGAGUACAAGGGGGAGACAAAGAGCUUCUAUCCUGAGGAGAUCUCUUCCAUGGUUUUGGUUAAAAUGAAGGAAAUUGCUGAAGCAUAUCUAGGAAAGUCUGUGUCAAACGCUGUCAUAACAGUGCCCGCCUACUUCAAUGAUUCCCAGCGUCAGGCCACGAAGGACGCUGGUACAAUUUCUGGUCUCAAUGUACUGCGUAUCAUCAAUGAACCUACUGCUGCCGCCAUUGCGUACGGCUUGGACAAGAAGGUUGGUGCUGAAAGAAAUGUGCUGAUCUUCGAUCUUGGGGGUGGCACUUUCGAUGUAUCCAUCUUGACUAUCGAGGAUGGAAUCUUUGAAGUGAAGUCCACUGCCGGAGACACCCACUUGGGUGGUGAAGACUUUGACAACCGCAUGGUGAACCACUUUAUUGCCGAGUUCAAGCGCAAGUACAAGAAAGACAUCAGUGACAACAAGAGAGCUGUUCGCCGUCUCCGCACUGCCUGUGAAAGGGCAAAGCGCACCCUCUCCUCCAGCACUCAGGCCAGUAUUGAGAUCGACUCCCUGUACGAGGGCAUCGAUUUCUACACCUCCAUUACCAGAGCUCGCUUUGAAGAGCUGAAUGCCGACCUGUUCCGUGGCACCCUGGACCCAGUGGAGAAGUCCCUUCGUGAUGCCAAGAUGGACAAGGCCCAGAUCCACGACAUUGUCCUGGUUGGAGGUUCUACUCGUAUCCCGAAGAUCCAGAAGCUGCUACAAGACUACUUCAAUGGAAAAGAACUGAACAAGAGCAUCAACCCCGAUGAGGCAGUUGCCUAUGGUGCAGCUGUCCAGGCUGCUAUCCUGUCUGGUGACAAGUCUGAGAAUGUUCAGGAUCUGCUGCUACUAGAUGUCACCCCUCUGUCCCUGGGAAUUGAGACUGCGGGUGGUGUCAUGACUGUUCUGAUCAAGCGUAACACCACCAUUCCAACCAAGCAAACUCAGACAUUUACUACGUACUCUGACAACCAGCCUGGAGUGCUUAUCCAGGUCUAUGAAGGUGAGCGAGCCAUGACCAAGGACAACAACUUGCUGGGCAAGUUUGAGCUGACUGGAAUCCCUCCUGCACCACGUGGUGUUCCCCAGAUUGAAGUCACCUUUGACAUUGAUGCUAAUGGUAUCCUGAAUGUGUCUGCUGUUGACAAGAGCACAGGAAAGGAGAACAAGAUCACCAUCACUAAUGAUAAGGGUCGUCUUAGUAAGGAAGAGAUUGAGCGCAUGGUCCAGGAAGCUGAGAAAUACAAGGCAGAGGAUGAUGUCCAGCGUGACAAGGUUUCUUCUAAAAAUUCUCUGGAGUCUUACGCUUUCAACAUGAAAUCCACUGUGGAAGAUGAGAAAUUGCAGGGGAAGAUCAGUGAUGAGGACAAGCAGAAGAUCCUGACAAAAUGCAACGAGGUCAUCACUUGGCUGGAUAAGAACCAGACUGCAGAAAAGGAGGAGUAUGAGCAUCAGCAGCAGGAGCUGGAGAAGGUGUGCAAUCCCAUCAUCACCAAGCUGUACCAGAGUGCUGGAGGCAUGCCUGGAGGGAUGCCGGGUGGCAUGCCUGGGGGCUUCCCGGGGGCUGGCGGUGCCCCCUCCGGUGGUGGAUCCUCAGGACCAACCAUUGAGGAAGUUGAUUAAAUUGUAAAAGCAAUCAAGUGAACCCCAGGAACCCAGUCAGUUAGCAAAGACUGGGCAUUAGUUAAAUUAUUUAAGCAAAACAAAGUUGCUGUUCUGAAAUACUUGAACAUGUGCCCUGUGGCACUGCUGAAGCUGACUGUGUCCUGGUGAAUAAAUAUUUCAAACCUAA